GGGGAGGAGCUCGGUUGACUCCGCCCCCGGCCAGGAAGUGACUCCAAAAACAGUUCGAGAUGUGAAGAGAGGUCCCUGUUGGGUGAGAAAUCCGGGAAGGCCCGCCCAGAUUCGAGCCCCUCCAGCCCCCAGUCUUACUCCGCUGGGCCCGGGCCGGGGGCGCAGGCGAAGUUGGGGCCGACGUACACCUAGAGACACCGGCUGAAGAGGACCCAACGGGUGGCCGAGGCGGGUAGAGGUGGAAGUCGGAGGCCUCAGCGCAGUCUGGGUGGCCAAGCAGCCAUGCCUACCUGGGGGGCUGGCUCCCCGUCCCCUGACCGCUUUGCUGUGUCUUCGGUGGCGGAGGACAAGGUACGGGAGCAGCAACCCCAUGUGGAGCGCAUCUUCCGCGUGGAGAUGAGCGUCCUCCCGAAGGACUGCCCUGAGAACCCUCACAUCUGGCUGCAGCUGGAGGGCCCCAAGGAAAACGCUAGCAGAGCCAAGGAGUACCUGAAGGGUCUCUGCAGCCCGGAGUUGCAGGAUGAAAUCCACUACCCACCGAAACUGCACUGCAUCUUCCUGGGGGCCCAAGGCCUCUUUCUUGAUUGCUUGGCUUGGAGCACCUCAGCCCACCUGGUACCUGGGGCGCCUGGCUCACUGAUGGUCAGUGGCCUGACGGAGGCCUUCGUCAUGGCUCAGAGCCGAGUGGAGGAGCUGGUAGAGCGGCUGAGCUGGGACUUGCAGCCAGGGUCAUCUGCUGGAGCCUCUCAGUGUGCUGGAGUGCUGAGAGACUUCUGUGCCCUGCUGCAGCCCCCAGGGGAUGUCCACCGAGAGGCCCUACUGCAGCUGCCCCUAGCCGUCCAGGAGGAACUGCUGAGCCUGGUGCAGGAGGCAUCCAGGGGGCAGGGGCCCCAAGGGCUUCCUUCCUGGGAGGGGGGGAACCCAGGCCUGCUGGGUGCUCCACACCAGGGAGUCAGAGCUCCCCUGAGUGAAGGCAGGGGGUCCUUAGACACUGGGCCUACAGGGUGGCAAGAGUCAAGGGGAGAGGGACAUGCUAUGGAGAAGCAGGGAGGGAAGCAGGGUGGUCCCAGGGAGAUGGAUUUGGGAUGGAAGGAGCUGCCUGGGGCAGAGGCCUGGGAGAAAGAAGUGACCUUCAGGUCACAGUUAGGGGGAGGAGAGGCAGGGCAGGAAGGGCUCCUGAAGGGGAAGGCCCUGGGGAAGGAGGAGAUGCCUCAGGAAAGAGGAAGGUUCUGUAUACAGGGCGAGCCUCCUGGUGCCCAGGGUCCCUGUCAGAGGGCAGCUCAGCUCCGGGGAGCCUCUCUCCUCCAGCGGCUCCAUAACGGGGAAGCCUCACCUCCCAGGGUGCCUAGCCCCCCGCCUGCACCUGAACCCCCGUGGUACUGUGGAGACCGAGGAGACAGGGGAGACAGGCAGCAGGUUGUGGCUCGAGGUCGCGGGUCUCCAUGGAAACGAGGCACCCGGGGGGGCAACUUGGUGACUGGCACACAGCGUUUCCAGGAGGCCCUACAGGACCCUUUUACCCUGUGCCUUGCCAAUGUACCUGGCCAGCCAGACCUCCGCCACAUUGUCAUUGAUGGCAGCAACGUGGCCAUGGUGCAUGGCCUCCAGCACUACUUCUCCAGCCGGGGCAUUGCCAUUGCUGUGCAGUACUUCUGGGACCGUGGCCAUCGGGACAUCACUGUCUUUGUGCCUCAGUGGCGCUUCAGCAAGGAUGCCAAGGUCAGAGAGGGUCACUUCCUGCAAAAGCUCUACUCCCUCAGUCUGCUCUCCCUCACUCCCUCCCGAGUCAUGGAUGGCAAGAGGAUCUCCUCCUAUGAUGACAGGUUCAUGGUGAAGCUGGCUGAAGAGACUGAUGGGAUCAUUGUCUCUAACGACCAGUUCCGGGACCUGGCGGAGGAGUCGGAGAAGUGGAUGGCAAUCAUCAGAGAGCGCCUGCUGCCCUUCACUUUCGUGGGAAACCUCUUCAUGGUCCCUGACGACCCACUGGGGCGAAAUGGCCCCAUGCUGGAUGAGUUCCUGAAGAAGCCAGUCAGGGCACAGGGGUCUUCUAAGGCUCAGCUUCCUUCCAGGGGCUUCACAGAACACGGUAAUCAGCAGCAGGGGAGAGAAGAGGAGGAGAAAGGCAGUAUUCGGAAGACCCGGGAGACAGAGAGGCUCCGGCGCCAGCUGCUGGAAGUGUUUUGGGGCCAGGAUCACAAGGUGGACUUCAUCCUGCAGCGGGAGCCCUAUUGCCGGGACAUCAACCAGCUCUCUGAGGCCCUGCUCAGUCUCAACUUCUGAGCCUCGCCAGCCCGAGUGGCUGUCUCCCCAUCAGCAUCAGCCUUGCCCAGCUUAGCCUCUUCUGUGAAGAUCCCCGUGAUGCUCAGACCCUGACCUAGACCCACUCUGAGUUGGUGCCUUAAGUCAGGGAAGGACUGAGAAAGAGCAUUCCAAUGUUCUUGCCUGGGGCACUUUGGGGACAGGUCCAUAAAGUGACCUGAUCUCCUCUUGAGGCAGGACCUCAACCAGCUCUCAAGAGGUUCUGUUCAGCUCCAGCUCCUCAACUGUAGCACAGGGUUUCUGUUGGGAGUGGGGGCUGCCAGAAAGAGUAGGUCCUGGAGAUUGGGACUGCCAGCUCCUCCUUGAAGCUGAGUUGGGGAUGGAAGCUGGAGUGCGCAGGAGGGGAAUGAAACAGGUGGCAAGAAAGCUGAGCCUUUCCUACCCCUGGCUGCUGCUCUGGAUAGCCAGAGGACAGGAUGCUUCCCAGGCCUGGCAGGGCUCCUGGGAGCCUUGAAGGGAGUGCUGGGCCCUGGAAAGGCUAGUGUGACGGGGUCUGGGUCACAGUGGUGCAGCAGGGAGCUGGUGGGAAAGGUAGAGGAAGACUUGGCUUCUGGUCUCAGCUGUGCCUGUCUGUGACCUUGAAUGAGCUACUUGGCCUUUACUUCUGCCUUUAAAUCAGAUGUAAAAAUGCCUGUUGGGAGAAAUGAGAACAUGGAGGAGGGCUCUUUGGAGGAAAAGUACUUGGACCAAGUCUCAGGUGUGUCUGUCUGUGACUGCACAGGCUUCCAAACCAAAACCUCACUUUCAGAGAACUGAGGGUCCUCUGUCCCCAGGGCCUGUGCCCUAGAUUUUAGCAUUGCACCCUCAUGAUGUGCCCUAUAAUGGCUGCGUCCCUUUUGGGCAAUCCCCAAAUCCACAUUUACAAAACAGUUAGUUAGGGGUGACUGUUUGCAUUACCAGAAUACUCUCAGGGUUCCUCUAAAUGGCAGCUCUCCUGUUGCAUUCGUGUUGUUUACAGAUUGACGAAUGUGUCAGAAAGUCCCCUGUUCAGUGCACGCGUGGUGUUGUGAACUCAAUGGAAGCCAUGCUCUGCAAUGACAAUGUGAUCUAACCCUAGUGUUUUCUCUACAGAACACAUGUUGCAUAAAGCGAGGCCCACUUAUGCUUUGUGUGAGUAUAUAUAUAUAUAUAUAUAUAUAUAUAUAUAGGGGGUUAUACAGGUUGUAUAUAGAUGAGCUAAUUAUCUGGAAAAUGAAAACUGAAGAAUUAUUAGAAUACGGAGAUUCAGACCAACUGCCAUCCUGUUGGAACAUUCUGCCCUGAUUCCUACAGGUCAUUGUCCUGUAUCGGCUUGAAGUCCUCUCGUGCCAGGGACUGACUGCUUCCAAGUAGUGCUUCCUCUAGUGCAGCCCUGAUUCAUGCUUCUGUCUUUGAGGCUGGUCAUUCCUCCAGGAACAAUACUAGGCUGGCCAACUUCCUAGAGUCCAAGACUGGAUAAAGAGGAGGGACAGGGACCGCAGGGUUCUGUGUUGUCUGGGCCCUUGGGUAAGCCCCUGGACAGGAUCCUUUUCGGGCUCUGGCUUCUGCUACCUGAGCAGCACUGGGAGCUGAAGGCUGCCACCCCAGUUCCUCAUUCCAGCAACUAGUGGGAGCUGAGUGGUGAUGGGUGGUCUCUGGGUCCUACUGUCUGCCCCUCUUCCCUGUUGUGAUGUGUACCGCUAGACCUAGUCAGGGAGGUAGGUGACAGGGACUCAAAGUCCCUCUGUAAUAAAGGUGGUUAAUAUGGCCCCAGCUGGGGGCCUAGAGGAA